AUGCUGCUAUUUAAUUGUGUAAGCAGAAGACAUUUGUUUUUGUUUUAUGGAGAAGAAAGCAAAGUUGGCAAUCCAAUAAUAAAGAAUGUCGUCGUUAAUCGUUCUUUAAUUUUGGCUUGUCAAAUUUCGACUGGAACUGACGAAUUACUUCAAUACACGUGGACCAGAGAUAAAAGAGAUCUUCAAAAAGAUUCAAGAUUUUCCAUUCUAAUUUGGGGCGGGUUGUUCAUUCGAAAUGUGAGAAAAGAUGAUAAAGGAACAUACAAUUGUGUCGCAAAGACGUUUGAUCCACCAAUGAUCACCUUAAUUAAGCGACGAAUCAUUGCUAGAGAAGGUCGCAAUAUCCUUUUACCUUGCUCUUCAAAAGGAAACCCCUCGAAAAUCACUACAAAGUGGUCUUUGAAUGGAAAAAACCCUCUCAAAUCAUUUGGUACAAAUCUACAUCUUAAUGGAACUCUUGUUAUAAGAAAGAUUAGCUCGCAGAAUGAAGGUGUUUAUAAAUGUACCCCUUUUAAUGAGAUUGGUGCAGGGAACUCAGCGGAGACAUUUGUUCUUGUUGCUGCAAAACCAAAAUUUACUAGAAUACCUCCAAAAACGUUGACAGUGAAACUUGGCGGGACUUUCAUGUUAAUAUGCAACGCUACAAUCCCACAUAUUAUUUGGAGGAAAAUAAAUGAAUCGUUACCGGAGAGUCGGACGACGGUCAGCGGUAGUCAUUUUUCUAUUCACGAUGUUCGAAUCGAAGAUAGUGGCACAUAUGAAUGCCAAAUUGGAACAUUAAGAUAUGCACCACGAACAACAGUUGAAGUUCUUGUUGAAUCAACUCCUGUCCCGCCCAUCAUCACAAUGGUAAAAAACGUUUCCAAGUCUGUUGCAGUAUCAUGGAAGAGUGGCUACAAUGGCGGUACACCUCAAACUCUUGAGAUAUGGUAUAGGUUGACCAAUACAGAUGAUUACCAUUGGCAAAUCAUGAAAAAUAUUCCUGAUCAUGUCACAUCCUAUGAAAUAGAUGAUAUUGACAACCAGAAUUCAUAUAUCUUCAGUAUGAGGGGAUUAAAUAAUCUGGGAUCUGGAGUCUUUAGUCCAAUAUUUUGCUCUAAAAAUCGCCUAUUUGAAGGCUACGGCAAAGAUUCAGCUCCAUUGCCCCCCAGAGAAGUCAUUUGCACGCGAAAAUUAAAUGGAUACAAAAUAUCUUGGCAACAUGAC